UGCAGCUGCAGUAGUGUGGUUGGUUGGUGGUGAGUAUCCAGCAGUGUGCUCCCGUAGUCACAUCACACACACACGAGACAGUUGCUCUCUCCCUCUUCGCCGACAGGAUUGUGAAGAGCCGAGGACAGAGACAAGUGAAAGAGGAAGUGAGGCGAAGGACAUAGAGAGGCACGAUGGUCAACUUCACGCUGUACUCGCUGUUCUCCGUGCUGGUCCACCCCGCCGAGCACCCGCCCCACGUCAGCCACCUCUGCAAGGCCCCGACGCCUCUGUACCUGCGGGAUCCUCACACGCUGCCAGCCACCGACUACCACCGCGAGGCCACCAGGAUCCUCGCAGAACGCAAAUGGCCACUUACUGACAACGUCGAGUACUUAAGAACGUGGAAGGAAAAGUUCAGCCAAGCCCGCGCCUCCAAGACGCCGGGCAAGGCACCACCAGGGUCACGCUCUCCGCCUGCGCCGGGUCCAGGGAACCAGAGCGUGCAGUCCUGGCGACACAUCCCGCGUGACCCCUUCUUCUACGUCACUGAGGAGGAGUUAGAGAUUGCUUUCAACACGGCCAAAACGGAGUACAGUCUCCUACGUCAGUUGGAGGUGCUGCUGAAAAGCAUGAACCUGUCGCUGCUCGCAAACUCGGCCGCCUACAUCCACCAGCGCCUUUUCCGCCGGACACACCCUAGGACAAGGCUCCUCUCCAGACUGGGCUUCAUCAUGGACUUCGCCACGCUCGCCCUUCUCGACAACAUGGAAAGAUCACACCCCGUCGCGAGGCAGGUGGCUUCCUUUGACUUGCAGCUGCUGGGAGAUCUAAACCUGUGUAAGAAGGAAAAGCCAGGUCCAGACCCAGGCCCGUGUGACCCCACAGCCCGCUUCAGGACCAUCGACGCCACCUGCAACAACCUACAAAACCCUGACUGGGGCGCCACCUUCACCUCCUUCAGACGUGUGGCGCCCCCGGACUAUGGCGAUGGGGUGAGCUCGCUACGCCUGGCCAGUGACGGGAAGCCUCUGCCCAGCGCCCGCCUCGUCAGCACCACCAUCAACCCGCCGGAGAAGAGCGGCCCCGUCUGCUUAAACUUCCUCUUCCUCACCUUCGGCCAGUUUAUUGACCACGACCUCACCAACACGCCAGUUACCAAAGGUGAGAACGAUACCACGAUUCCCUGCUGCAUGAAGCAAGUGUGGGAGAACCCAGAUUUGCUUCACCCGGAAUGCGCCCCGAUCUUCAUCCCCGUCGACGAUCGCUUUUUCUCCAUAUAUGCAGAGACCUGCAUGGAGUUUGUGCGCUCCGUUCCCGCCGAAAGGUGUUCGUUAGGGCCUCGGAAACAAGUCAACCAGAUCACAGCCUACCUGGAUGGCUCCAACGUCUACGGCAGCACUGAGGAGGAGCUCGAGAAUCUCAGGGAGAGAAAAGGCGGACGAUUGUUGACAAUGACCGUGAACGGCGAGGAGCUCCUGCCGCCCUCCCUUGACCUUAACGAUGGCUGCAACACGGAGGAGAGGAUUGCGAAGGGCGAGUUCUGCUUCAUAUCAGGUGACGACCGCGUGAACGAGCAGGUGGUGCUGACGCUGAUGCACACGAUAUGGACGCUGGAGCAUAACAGGGUGGCGGCGGCGCUGGCGGCCAUCAACCACAAGUGGUCUGACGAGCAGCUCUUCCAGGAGGCGCGGCGCAUCGUGGUGGCCGAGUACCAGCAGAUUGUGUACAACGAGUUCCUGCCCAUCGUGUUAGGAAAGACACUGGUCGAGAGGCUGGGCUUGUUACCUCUGACGGAUGGGCGACAAACCGACAUCUACGACCCGACAGUCAACGCUCAGAUGGCCAACGAGUUCUCCACCGCAGCCUAUCGUUUCGGACACAGCAUGCUUCCGAAACGAGUGCAAGAACUCAGCAAGGAGGGGAAGACAAGUGCAAGUGAACUUAGCGCCGUUUUAUUCAAGCCUUUCUCACUGUACGUUUCGGGCGGCACGGAGCGGCUUACAAGGGGAGCCAACUCUCUGAACGUGCUGGAGGUAGACUCCCUAUUCUCGGACCAGAUUACGAAUAAGCUGUUCCGCAGGAAAAGGCAGUUUGGCAUGGAUCUCGUGUCCCUCAACAUUCAACGUGGCCGGGAUCAUGGGAUUGCCUCCUAUCUGGUGGUACGGGAGGCGUGUGGACUACCCAGCGCAAAGUCAUUCGCCGACCUAGAGCCAUUCCUCCUGCCCGGGGCACUCGCCAGGCUGCAGAGAGUGUACAGAAAUGUCAAGGAUAUCGACCUGUUCGCCGGCGGGGUCUCGGAGAAACUAGUCGGCGGGGGGCAAGUGGGCGCAACCUUCUCAUGCCUCAUCUCUGACCAGUUCCUGAGACUCAAAACUGGAGACCGAUUCUACUUCGAGGAUAAAAACAAUCCUGGAGCUUUCACACGAGACCAGCUGAGAGAAAUCCACGGGGCGUCAAUGGCUCGCAUCCUCUGUGACAACGUCCGUGGCCUCCACAAGGUGUCACGCUGGCCGCUCCAGGUGCCCUCCGCCUUCAACCCCGUUUUGCCCUGCGACUCCGACUGCAUCCCCUCCGUUGACCUCUCCCUAUUCAAAGACAAGCACUGACCAGCUAACUGACACAGGGGCAACCUCUAACAUUUUAUCUACUUACUGCGCCAUUCUCUCUCUCUCUCUCUCUCUCUCUCUCUCUCUCUCUCUCUCUCUCUCUCUCUCUCUCUCUCUCUCUCUCUCUCUCUCUCUCUCUCUCUCUCUCUCACAUACACACACUCGCGGUGUCAAGACGUGUCACAUGGCGCCACAGGGUCAGCCUGUUGACCCCUUUUCUUUUUUUUCUCCUUCGCUCCCCAUUCCCCCGCCCCUUCCCAUUGUUUUUAAGGUACUCAUUAUUACAAAGAACACUUGUGAGAUGUUGUAACAUUAUACAGACAUACAGUGAGUGCAGUAUGUUAGUGGUGCUGGAAGGGUAGUGAGAGCUGAGUCGCCAACGCCUCGUCAUCCACCGUGGACACGCUCAAGCUCCGGAGGACGAAAUCACCCAGCAGCAGAGGAGGGUCAGUUCAGGUGGCAGGCAGUGAGGCAGCCUCGUCACUCAAGUUUGGAGCAAGAUGUACGGCACCUUCGUUAACGCUGUGCACUUGUUCCGAAAAACAGAAAUAACAACCAACCGGACAGCAACCACCACCUGUGUCUCGCCGGCCCAGGCUUAGCACCUCCUUACUAAGCAUGGGUAUCCCUGAGUGACCUCCUAAAUACUGCCCAUCUGCAUCCCUCUGGGACCUCACCGCCAUCUGGAAGAAUCUGCGCCCCCCCUCCCCCACCCCCGGCACCACCACAUUGCACUCCAUCCCACUCAACCCCUCCCAUCACUCCUAUGAAAAAAGUAGAACUCCUCUUAAAAUAUGGCUGGGGUGGGGCGAGCGUAGGGGAAUCCCGUUGUAGAGCGCUGUCACGUUUUUUAAUGCGCAUUGUAGAAAUGUUUCAAUAUAAGUAAAGCCAUGGCAGAUAUGAUCAGGAAAUAUGCAUACACAUUUAAUCUUAGUAUUAUAAUGUAUGAAGGCACAGUAAACCUAUAAUGGAUAAGAUAUUUAUAAUCAUAUAAAGAAACGUGGCUUACAUAUUAUACAGUGUUGUUAAUAAAAUGCAGUACCUA